AUGGAUACUAACCCCACGCAUGAUGGGGUCCGAAUGCACGAAGGCAAGUGCAAGGACUGGAAAGAUGGCUUGGAAUUUGGGUCCUUCGCUGUGCAGUGGAUGCCUAACGUCGAUGGCGAGGACAUUAGCUGUCAUGAGUCGUGCGACCUCUUGGUGUACAAAGAGAAGCACUGCGGGAGAAAGGAAAGAUCGAUGAUCAAGGAGUGGCCGCAGCUUUUUCCGAUCUACGCAAUUCAACGGGUAAAUGACGAGCGACCACGGACGUUGUGUCACUCUUUCGAGCUGCACAACGUGACAGCGAAGGGCAAAAGCGUGGAGUUGCAUUGUGGUCCAAAGUGGUUCGAUUAUCCGAUAGUCGACAGACCUCUCAAUUGA